ACCCGUUCUUGUGUCUUUUCUCGGCAGGUUCCUUAGAAAGAGAGCUUGGACGGCAUGCAAAGUUGUGAAAUAUCUGCAGACAGCACUGAUGAUCCUCUUAGUAGUGGCCUACGGAAAAAACGACAGCCGCGAAUAGUAGUUGUUGGUGCUGGGCUCGCGGGCCUCUCGGCGACCAAAACUCUCCUGGAAAAGGGUUUCACGGAUGUGACUGUCCUUGAAGCGUCUGACCGAAUUGGAGGCCGAGUACAAAGCGUGAAGCUCGGAAACGCGACUUUUGCUGGAGCCACGUGGAUUCAUGGUUCAAAUGGGAAUCCAGUCUAUCAUCUAGCAGAAGACAAUGGCUUACUCGAAGAGACCACGGAUGGCGAGAGAAGCAUCGGCCGCAUCAGCCUGUACUCCAAGAACGGAGUGGCUUAUCACCUCACCAACAAUGGGCAAAGGAUCCCGAAAGAUGUGGUUGAAGAAUUCAGCGAUUUAUACAACGAGGUCUAUAACCUGACUCAGGAGUUCUUCCAAAGCGGUAAACCAGUCAAUGCCGAGAGCAAGAACAGCGUGGGCGUCUUCACGCGAGAUGUCGUGCGCAAGCGCAUCAAAGCCGAUCCGGACGACUCGGAGGCGAUUAAGAGGCUAAAGCUGGCCAUGAUCCAACAAUACCUGAAGGUGGAAAGUUGCGAGAGCAGCUCCCACAGCAUGGACGAGGUUUCGCUCAGCGAAUUCGGGGAGUGGACCGAAAUCCCGGGGGCCCAUCACAUCAUCCCGUGCGGCUUCGUAAAGAUCGUGGAGAUCUUGUCCCGUUCCAUCCCGGACUCGGUCAUCCAGCUGAACAAGCCGGUCAGGUGCAUCCACUGGAACCAGUCCGUCAGCCAGGAGAUCGAGCGGGUGGCUGACCACAACAGCGACCACAUGGAAGAGGACGCGGGCUGCCCCGUCUUCGUGGAGUGCGAGGACUGCGAGUUUAUCCCGGCCGACCACGUCGUCGUGACGGUGUCCCUGGGGGUCCUGAAGAAGCGUCACGAGAGCAUGUUCCAGCCCCGCCUCCCUGAAGAGAAGGUGACGGCCAUUCAGAAGCUGGGCAUCAGCACCACGGACAAGAUCUUCUUGGAGUUCGAGGAGCCCUUCUGGAGCCCCGAGUGCAACAGCAUCCAGUUCGUCUGGGAGGACGAGGCCGAGAGCGAGAGCUUGACCUACCCGGAGGAGCAGUGGUACAAGAAGAUCUGCAGCUUUGACGUCCUCUACCCGCCGGAGCGCUACGGCCACGUCCUCAGCGGCUGGAUUUGCGGGGAGGAGGCCCUCAUCAUGGAGAAGUACGACGACGAGACCGUGGCAGAGACCUGCACGGAGAUGCUGCGUAAAUUUACAGGGAAUCCCGACAUUCCAAAACCUCGGCGGAUCCUCCGCUCCUUGUGGGGCAGCAACCCGUAUUUCCGUGGCUCGUAUUCCUACACUCAAGUUGGGUCGAGCGGAGUGGACGUGGAGAAACUGGCAAAGCCACUGCCUUAUACCGAGAGCUCCAAGACGGCUCCUAUGCAGGUGAUGUUUUCGGGCGAGGCCACCCACAGGAAGUACUAUUCCACUACCCAUGGUGCUUUGCUUUCUGGCCAGAGAGAGGCAGCUCACCUCACCGAAAUGUACCAAGACCUCUUACAAAGCGGGCACUGAGAAGGCCAGAAGUUGCAGAAGAACCACUGACUCGUGAUUCCUUUUACGGUUGUGUGUUAAAGGAAUUCCUUUUCCCCCCUCUCCUUCCCUUUCUUUUUCUAACCUCUACGAAUAGAAUUUUUUUUAUCUUUUUAUAUUAAAAAAAAAAUCUUACCUACUUUAACCCAUAGUCAACUGACUGUAGCUUAUUUUCACGUACUGUAUCGUUAACAGGGAAAGGUGCUCUUUCUGGUCUGGGUGAAACCUGUUACUUUUUCUCUUUUUUUUUGGUGUAAUUUGAUUUCCGAUUGCACUUCUGUUUCUUCUUUUGGAGGAAUUCUGUCCUCCCGCCCCUGUAUUGUAAGUGCCUUCUAUACUUCAAUAAAUGUUGUAAGAACCA